AUGUCAACCUUGUUUGGAAAGUCACACAAGCGCUUGAAGCGAAAACAAGCUGAUGCAUCCAAUGCAGAUGAUGCGGAACAAUCGAAAAAUGGGUCCUCAUCCGAAGGGUUGGAUGCCCAAUCCGCUGAAAGAAGAAAUCCCGAAGACUUUAAUCACAAGAAAGUAUCGCCAUGGGCUUCCUUUGAAGAUCUUGGUUUGGCGGAACCAUUGUUGGAAACUUGUAGGAAACUGGGUUUCAAGAAGCCGUCGCCGGUACAACGUGAAAUUAUUCCCUUUUUGAUUCAAGAAGAAUCAGCACACAUAUUGGCUUUGGCGGCAACGGGGAGUGGAAAGACAGCAGCCUUUGCCUUGCCCAUCUUGAAUCGAUUGUCCAUGGACCCAUAUGGAAUUUAUGCAGUGAUUAUCAGUCCUACUCGAGAAUUGGCCAAGCAAAUUCAUCAACAGGUGUUGGCUCUUGGAAGUUCGUACAAUGUCGAAUCUGCCUUGGUGGUUGGUGGUAUGGACAUGGUCCGGCAAUCUUGUGAUUUGUCCAAGAAACCACACUUUUUGGUGGCGACGCCCGGUCGACUAGGAGAAUUAUUGAGAGGUCCUAGUCCGCCAUAUCUCAAGCAUGUGCGAUAUUUGGUGCUCGAUGAGGCGGAUCGUUUGUUGGCGGCCAAUUCUGGCUUUGAAAAAGAUGUUGCCGAACUUCUUUUGCAUUGCAAUCGUGAUAAGCGAACCAAGUGCCAAACCUUGCUCUUUAGUGCUACCAUGACAAGAAGUUUGGAAAAUAUUGAAGAAAUCGCGGGGGCAGGGCAAGGGCGACUUCCGCUCUGCAAAUUUGUCGUCAAGGCAGACAAUGAAGAAAAGAACAAACGGAGAAAGCUGAAACUGACAGAAGACAAGGGAGGGGAGAAUGCCAAUGAAAACAAAGUGGAAGGUGAUGCAACAGCGGAAGACGAACAAGAAUCAGAAGAAGAGCAACUCACUCCUAGGAUCCCUGCCGGGCUGAAGCAAGAAUACAUCUUUAUGCCGUCUCGAGUUCGUGAUGCCUAUCUCUUGUCCACUAUUAGAACUCUAAUGUCGAAUGGUGGAAGAGCUCGGGAUUCGAAGGGUAAGAAGGCAUGGUCUGGUAGAGCCAAGGAUGAAGACUCGGAUGACGAAGAAGCUGGUAAAGCUCGGUCGACUAUUGUCUUUGUUUCAACAUGUGAACGAUGCGCUUUGGUGUCCAAUAUUUUGGCCGAGGUUGGUGUAAAAAAUGUGGCCUUGCACUCCCUCUUGUCACAAAAUAGACGUUUAGCAGCACUUGGAACAUUCAAAUCGCAGCAGGUCCGGGUGCUUGUGGCAACUGACAUCGCUUCUCGAGGAUUAGACAUCCCAUCUGUGGAUUUGGUUAUCAACUCGGAACUUCCCCGAAGUGCCGUCUCCUACGUUCACCGAGUGGGAAGAACUGCUAGAGCGGGCCGUCGUGGUAAGGCGAUUAGUCUGGUGUCCGAAACCGAAGUUUCGUUGGUACAUGCCGUUGAGAAGAUCACUGGACGGCCAUUGGAAAAGUGUUCCGACAUAACAGAUGAUGCUGCAAUCAAAAUGUUGGGCCCAGUCACCAAGGCUGCUCGACUGGCAAAGAUGAAACUGAUGGAUAUUGGAUUUGAUGAGCUAGUGAAGAAAUUUAAGGAACGAAAAGUAAGGGAUCGCAAAGAACGGAAACGACUGGAGAAAUCAUUGCGAAAGAGUGCCGCAGGGAAGAAUUAA